AUGGCGUCUUCCUGUUCGCGCCAGCUCAUGCGAGGCCCUCUCCGCCCGCGCUUCCAAACGCCCACACACCGACAGGCGCGCCUCUCCGUCCCGUCUCGCACCUUCUCCUCCACGCGCGCAACAUAUGAGCAGAACUUCCACAGGAAAGAGUCCUUCAGGUCACGGCUGAACUCCGCACUCAAGAACACCAAGAUAAAAUGGGAGCCAAUACCAAUUGCACUCGGCGUCGGCUUCCUCGGCGCAUUCCAGCUCUAUCGCAUACAGAGGAGAGAAAAGCAUACCGAGGCUGAGAGACAGAAUGGCGAGGAAGGUGCAGUGGACAACCAGGGCCGACCGAAGAAGCGCGAGAGGAUACGGCCGAGCGGGCCAUGGACGGUCCAGGUCAUGUCCACGCUACCUCUCAAGGCCCUCUCGCGAGUUUGGGGACGCUUCAACGAAAUCGACAUUCCAUACUACCUUCGCGUACCCGGCUUCAAGCUCUACUCUUGGAUCUUCGGUGUCAACCUCUCUGAAGUCUCCGAGCCCGACCUCCACGUCUACCCCAAUCUCGCUGCUUUCUUCUACCGCACCCUAAAACCCGGAGUCCGCCCUCUCGACCCGAACCCCAACGCCGUCCUUUCUCCCGCAGACGGCAAAGUCAUCCAAUUCGGUACUAUCGAGCACGGCGAAGUCGAACAAGUCAAAGGCGUGACAUACAGCUUAGAUGCGCUUCUAGGCUCCACCAAGCCCAGCACACCCGCCCAAAACGUCGCGAACUCUCAGGUCGUCACAAGCGAGCAUGAGAAGACAGCGAAGGACGAAGAGGAUACUGUCCGCGCAGAUGAAGAAUUCGCAAACGUGAAUGGCAUCUCGUAUACCUUGCCCAACCUAUUCUCAGGACCAUGGCCAAAAGGCGGAAAGCCGUCUGAGAUGCCCACGGACCAGUCCACCGCACCAGCUGCUUCUUCAGAAGCCGAGGUACGCGCUGAAAUGGCCUUGAGCGAAGCUGAGCGCCCUUGGUGGGCACCGGCAUCCAAUAAGACACCUACCGCACUCUACUACUGCGUCGUAUACCUCGCGCCUGGCGAUUACCACCGUUUCCACUCUCCGGUAUCAUGGGUCGUGGAAUCGCGCCGUCACUUCGCCGGUGAACUAUACAGUGUAUCUCCAUACCUACAACGCACCAUGCCCGGUCUUUUUACCUUGAACGAGCGCGUUGUCCUACUCGGUCGCUGGCGCUGGGGUUUCUUCUCCUACACACCCGUCGGCGCAACCAACGUCGGAUCUAUCAAGAUCAACUUCGAUCGCGAACUCCGCACCAACAGCCUCACCACCGACACUGCCGCCGAUCGCGCCGCUGAAGAAGCUGCAGCUCGUGGUGAGCCCUACUCCGGUUUUGCCGAGGCCUCCUACACCUCCGCUAGUCGCGUACUAGGCGGUUAUUCUCUCAAGCGCGGUGAAGAGAUGGGUGGCUUCCAGCUAGGAAGUACUAUCGUUUUGGUGUUCGAGGCGCCAAAGGGCAUAAGACCCAGCCUCGAUGAGGGCUUCACGGGUAUGGAGAGGAAGGGUGGGUUCAAGUGGAACAUUGAACAAGGAAUGAAGGUCAAGGUUGGAGAGGCCUUGGGAUAUGUUGAGGAGACCCAGUAA